GUAGGAGUCUCCAUGGAAGAAGCAAAAAUAGCUGAAAUUCUACCAGAUGAGAUUCCACCAGACGUAAGGCAACCAAUUCUGGGAUGGGAAGGUGUCCCUCCAGAUGUUCCUAACUUGUAUUUGCAACUUCCUGCACCUAAACUUGAGGAUAGUGAAUCAGAAGGGGAAAUUGAAAUAGUAACUGGACUGGUAGAACGCACUGACACUACCCAUCAAAUCCCAGUGCUGGCUGUAACAUCUUGCACUACCAGAAGCAGUCCCUCUAGGUCUUCAGAAGAAGUGGAAGUCUUGGAAGAUAAGGUCACAACAGGAAAAGGUGGAUCUGAAACUUCAUUGUCAAGUUCCAGUGAAGUGCCAGCAGAAUUUUCUGAGCCAAGAGAUGUUGAAAGCUCGGCUUCUACGGGUCCAGAGGUACAAAAAAAACUUCCUGACAUAGUGAAAAAAACAGCUACCCUAGAGUAUCUCCCAGAACCAAUGCAGUUAAAGGAAUCGUUUCCCAGAUCUGGUUUUCCUCAGCUUGUUCCAGGAGUAGCAGAUUCACUUGUCAAAUCAGAACAGCUAUGUCGUUGGAAAGACAGUGGGUUCCAGGAAGCAGUUUUUAGUGGGAACAAAUUUGAACCAUUCUUGAGACGUGUCUGUAAAGUAAAUCCACCAGCACCCAGAAGAGGUAAUACACAUGAAUACAGAUAUCUAGAUGAACCAUACUUUUCCGAUGAUACGAAAGAACAAGAAGACCAAGAUCCACCACAUGGGGUUCCUUCUACAAAGGUAGACCAUGGUCGAGACACCAAACCAACCAGGACUGGUGAACAACUGUCUAUUCUAAGACUCAUAGAAAAAAAUAUGAGUUUAGAAGAAGGUCACAAAAUUGCCACAGAAGAAGAAGAAGAACCAAAGCCACGGGAUAUUUCUCCAAAGUUCCCUGGAGAUAAAAUGUCAGAGGCAGAAGUAAAUCAGGCCCAUAUUUAUUUUAAGAGCUUUCUUGAAGACUUUCUGGCUGAUAAACUUGUGAAAGUUUCUGCACUGGAAUCAGUUCUAAGUAAAAACGUUGAAAAUCUAGUUGCAGAGAGGCUGUCAGAAACACAGCUAUUCCAAGAACUAGAAGACAAUCUUAUGGAAAAACAGUUGCCUGAGGAAAAACCUGUUUCUAGAGUAAAGUUUUCAAAGCCAGACAUAAUGAAGUUGAAAGAAAUUGUGAGUCAAAACUUGCAAACCCGUCUUGUUAGGAAAUUUUGUCAACAGGGAAUAAUUCCAGAUUUGAAAGUAGCUGAGAAAGACGAGAAGUUUUCUCUUCCAAGUGCCGCUGAUUUGCUAAAGAGAAAAGAAAGUGAAAUAAUAACAAUAAAAUCACUAAGUGACAGUCAGUUAGGAGACAUUCCUGAAACUGAACCAGUUGUUAAAGGGGCAGAACUAGCCACAAGCAAACCGGAAGAUAACAAAGAAGCCCUUUGUCCUCUAAGAAAGGAGUCCUCAUUGGAAAUAAUUCGAGUAAAACUACCAUUUAGCACAGAAACAGAUAGUAAACAGCGACCUUCCAAUUUUGACAUUCUACUUGAAAAGGUUUUACAAACAGAAAUAACAGGUUUAAAAUCAUUUUUAAGCAAAAAGCUUCAGGAUCAUCUUAAAGAUAAACUUGCAGAAAUUGGAGUAACACCGAAAUAUUUGAAAACAGUAUGCCGGAGGUUGACCUUUCCCCAGAAAGAGAAACACAUAAUGGCACCAAAAGAGGUCCUGCAAGAAGACUAUAUUUUAUCGGAUGAAGAACUUGCUAAAGAAACACCUGUGUUAAGUAAAAGUAUUCAAAAUCUCUUAGAAAUCCUUUCCAAAGAAGAAAUGGCUAAUUUGAGGUCUGCGUUGAAUAAGAAGAUCCAAGGCUCUGUUUCAAAGAGACUUUCAGAGAUAGAAGUGAUUACAGAGAAAGAGUUACAAGAAAUACUCAAACACUUCUUUCCAAUUGUGGCCAAAGAAGUAUCAUUAAGGGGGGCUGAAGAAUCCAAAAAAGGGCAAACAAUACCUCCCUUAACCCAAAAUCUGCAUGACAGGUUUUCAGAAGAAGAACUACACAAUCUAAAGACUCUCUUAGGCAGACUUCUGCAAGAAGACCACAAAGAAGAGCUUUCAGAAUCAGAAGUAAAAGGUUUAAAAUCAGUUUUGCAGAAAAGCAUUGAGAAUCUUCCCACACAUCCUGGAACUGAGAUGAAGAAAGGAGCAGAGAUAAAGGAUAAAAGUUGUCAUAUACCUUUAACAAAUGCUGAAGAAGAUUUGAAAACUAACGAUGUAGUUGUAUCGGACAGAGGCAAAGAGCAUUCAAAGGAAAGUCUUCAUGAAACUUCAGAACCUGAUGAAAAAUAUGGUAUAAAAAGAGAAACACUAGACUUGUUUGCAGACAAUAUUUUUGAAGUAGAAACAAGGAGCCAAGAAACUCAGACUUCAUUCCUCCCAAAAAGAGCGAAACAUAGUUCUAAGAGAGAAAGCCACAAGUUGCCACCUUGUCCUGAAAAUCCAGAGAUGCCACUUUUAAAGAGGAGGUCCUUUGAAGCAGGAUUGAAAAACAAACCAUCUGGUGAAGUUAUGAAGAGAGUAUCUGAACCAUUUGCUUCCUCAUCUUUUUUGAGUGCACAUGAUAUUGGUGUACAAACUGAAAUGAGAAAUUAUCUUGGCAAGCCAAAUUACUACACCAAACCUUCCUUUCCAGUAAACCCUCAGACGUUUCUUCUUUUACAUUCAGAGUCUGAGGAUGAUGCAAAGGCGCCGUGUAAAUAUCAUCACAAACCCAAAAGCAAGAGAAAGUCUGACAGAAAGAGAGACCCAGGGCCACCUCGUUCACACCAAUCAGCGGGUAGUGCACACAAGAAAGAAAAAUCAAGUAGUGGAAGUUCAUCUAAGGAGAUUUUAAAAGAAAAAGUCAGAAGACAUGGUGAAAUAUCUUCCCCAAAAUCAAGAAUGACAGAAAACAAGAAGGAUUUUAAAGUCCAACUCUCUCCUAGUACUAUGAAAAAGGAGAGCGCAAAGCAGAGGGCGGAAAGGAAACGUUACCAGGAAAUAAAACCCAGAAGAUCUAGCAAGAGCUCUACCCUGUCUGAACUACAUCUACCAAAAAAUCUUCCAACUUCUGGGCAUACAAAAGGAAAUACAUUGGUUCCUGCAGGCACAGACGAUAUGGAUAUAGAAGCAUACAAGCAUCUUGAAAAAGCCAUUGAAAGGGCUCUUGUUGAUUUGGGAAGAAUACCAGACAGUAGCUCCCUCCAGGGAAGGCCAAGCACUGCUCCAGUAGCUGUUGCCCUUGCGCCUAGAGAUUCAUCCCGAUCUUUCACCAAUCUAAUUGAGACUCCAAGGAAUCAAGCCGGGUCAAUAUCUGAGAUGCUUCAUAAUCAGGAGCAGAUUUUAAAAAUGACACCGGAACAAUUGGAAAUAGUCCUUAAGAUUCUUCAAAAGGUGUUGAGUCAGAACACAAGACCGCCGGAUAAUGAAUGAAUGGAAACCAUCUGUGCUUGAACCAGUUGCUAUUUUUCCCCAGGUGUAACGAAAAAUAAAACCCUCCCUGAAUGUAA